AGUAUGCCGUGUCAAACGACCGGAUUUAUGAUUUCUUUUCGCAAGUUAGUCAUAACACGGUUUAAAACUCCGUGCAUAUCAAUAUCAGCAAAACAAUCGUAUUCAAAGAAAUGCCUUUCAUCAAAAUAUAUUCCUGGAUCCCGUCAACUCAUGUGUUCUUGUGUGUCACUACGGACAAAAGUAAUGUCAAGUGGACGGUUGAAGGACAGUCUUUGCUUUUGUACUGCAUCUAAAGAGAGUACUACAAACAAACAUAUCCAUGAUGACCGAAUUUCUUUCAUGACUACAAGUGACCCACAAACUGCAAUGGAACUUGGUCCGUCAAUGCUUGUGUAUCAAAACUUUAUUUCGUCUGAAGAAGAGCAACGGUUGGUUAAUGAAGUUGAGCCAUACAUGAAACGCCUAAGAUAUGAGUAUGAUCAUUGGGAUGGUGCUAUCCAAGGGUAUAGAGAAACAGAGAGAAAGAAAUGGACAAAGAACAAUGAAGCUAUUUUAAAGAGAGUUGGAGACCUGGCAUUCCCUGCUGGUAUACAGCCCUUGGCUCACGUCCAUAUCCUAGAUCUGAGUAAAGAUGGACACAUAAAACCACAUAUAGAUGCUGUAAGGUUCUGUGGCAGUACAAUAGCGGGACUUUGUCUGCUAUCACCAUGUGUUAUGAGACUUGUACACGACAAAGACAAGCAAAGAUGGGCAGAUUUUCUUCUUGACAGACGAUCUCUUUACAUUAUGAAAGAUGUUGCAAGAUAUGAUUAUACACAUGAAGUGCUAUCCAAUGAGGAUUCUUUUUUCAAUGGAUGUCCUGUCCCCAAGGAGAGACGAAUAUCAGUUAUAAUGCGAAAUGAAGCUAAUGGAUAAUUCCAUUUUUUGUUGAAAUUUCAAAAAUAGAAUAAAAGGAUUGUUUUGAAA